CAAUUAUUUUCUUAUGCUACAUAUAUUGGCUCUGUGGAGAUGUCAUGUUUAUACAAUUAACAACUCAUGUUAGCAUUCAUAGCACGAUAUUAACAAAUAGACUGCUUAGCCUUAGUGGAACUGCACUCAAUGAUACAAAAAAUACAAGUCAUGAAGAAUUAGCAAAUAUUGUAACGGAACAUCACCAACAAUUUUUAUAUUGCCAAUGGCUCCAAAGAUUUUUUAGUCCAAUUGUCCUUUUUGUCACAUUGAUUAAUGCAGCAAACCUUUGUUUUUCUCUUUUUCGCGUCGAUCAAGAAAUCAAUCAGAAGAAUUGGAGCGGUCUUUUAGUAAAUGUAAAACAUUUACUUGCCGUUUUAGGUCAAACAAUUUUGUAUUGUAUGCAUGCAGAAAUUUUAACUGUUGAGCUUGAAAAUGUUGGUGAAGCCAUUUACUUUUGUGACUGGACGAGCUCAUCUAAAAAAUUCAAAACAAUGGUUUUAAUGAUCAUGAAACGCGCUCAAAAAGAGUAUAAGUUUACAGUUUAUGGAGUAAUAACUUUCAACCUCAAUCAAUUCACAAAGAUUGUAAACGCAGCUAUGAGCUAUUUUACAUUAUUGAGAAGUUUUGGAUAGUUUACAAUUAUCAAAACUCGAUAGUGAAGACAAAUAUAUGUUUAGUCAGAUCACAUCAUUAAAUAAUAUUCGUCAUAAGUCAUAACAGAUCACAAUAUUAAUUAAUAUGCAUCAU